CCGUGGAUGAACAUAUCAAAUCACCAAAGGUAACAGGAACACCCAGCAGAACCAGCAAUGAAGAUCAUCUGGCUGGCUUGCCUUGUGGGAUGCCUUAUUGGCAUGGCAUCGGCACAAAAAGGCUGCAAGGACAAGAAGACAGGAACCAAGUACAAUGAUGGGGACGAAUGGUUUGAUACGGAAAUCGAGUGUAGAUUCUACCGAUGUGUUGAUGGCAAAAUAGAAAAGAUGGCAACCGCAUGUAUCUGGAAGGACGCAUGUUACAAAGAUAAGGCUAAAUGGAAGGAUGGCUGCCACAACUAUCACUGUAAUAUGACCAUGCCGGAAGAGAACAGCAUCGUGUAUUCUGUGGAGGUCAAAGCAGGAUGUAAUCACAACGGAACCUGCAGAAAGAAUGGUGAAAGAUGGACGAACGAGUGUCACACUUACUCAUGUACAGUUACAACCAAGAAGGACGGAACAUUAUUGGCCACAGCUGGACCAACGGAAAUGGGCUGUAAGUUCAACAAAAGAUGUAAGAAGUCCGGUGAGACUUGGCGAGAUGGGUGCUUCAACUACUCUUGUGUCGAAUACAAUGACAAGGGAGUCAAGUCGAGUAAAAUAAACACCAAGCCAGCUUGCUGGGUUAAGGGAACGAAAAAAUGUAUUCCAGUUGGUGGAACAGUUGACAUACGAUGCAGUACCUAUAAAUGUACAUUGGAAGACAAAAAACUCAAACUGGAACUAAAGAAGUUCGGAUGUCCUUACAACAAAGGCUGUGUUUCUGAGGGCAAAACGAUCAUGAGGCAGUGUUCGAAAUUCAAAUGUGGCCAGAAGGGUGACAAAGUCGGGUUCGUUCCUGACGGACUGGGUUGCAGAUAUAAUGGUAAGUGCUACAACGAAGGAAAACAGUGGUUCAACAGCACCAUUUGCGCAAACCUAAUGUGCACAAGUUCCCCACACAAGAAGAGGAGCUACUUAUUCAGAAUGCGAGUCAAAGCGUCCGAUCAUGGUUGUCCAUGGGAGAAAAAGUGCAUGGCGGCAGACGAGAAAUGGGUGGAUAAGGAAUGCAAUGAACGGCAAUGUAAAAUCAUCGAGAGAAAGUUCCGUUCUACACACACUGAAUACAUAGUGCGAAAAUUGUGCCAAGAUGUGAAGGGCAAGUGUGUAGCGAUCGGGACCAAGGGCUUCACAGCGCUUGUUAAAGGAGUCAAGUUCAACAACUGUUCGUGCGAAGAGAAGGGCAAGAAUAACUCUGAGCUGAAAUGUGAAUAGCAUUUGACAUGAAACGGAUACUUUAUCUUGUGAAACGCAUUACAAACAUGAGUUUUAUUAUGUGUAUCUAUAUAAAAGAAGAAAUUGGUGGACAAUGUAAAUGUUGAAGUUACAUGUACUAAUGCCUGAAUAAAGCAAAAUAAAACCA